CGAGCACAAAUUAUUUGAUUCGUUUACAACCCUAGCGUCCUCCAUCUGGUGUGGGCUAAAUCUCAAGGUUCCGCAGGACUUCGCUGCCCAGGAGGCCCCUGAAGAUCUUUUGGAGUGCGGCCAGAGCACCCUGGAUAAGGUCGGGCUCUACUUUCACAGGGCUCGGAUGGCCUUCGAGCAUCAGGGCAGGGAGAUGGCCAGGGUGCGGGCUGAAUGCGACGCCCUUCUGAGGAAUGCAAAAGGCAGGGCUGGCACUCUUCAAGAGAAAGCCGACGCCUAUGAUAAGCUCGUCCAGGAGAAUGCCUCUCAGAAGGAGCUCCUCAAGAAGCAGGAGGCCGAGCUCGUGGAUCUCCGCAGCCGGAUGUGGGCCGUAGAGCAGGCCAAGGUGGAGCUCCGCCAGACGGGCGUGGACAACCACGUCCCUAUCUAUGAGGCCGAUGUUGCCAAAAUCAAGGAGUCUGGAUCCAUAGCGUUCCAAAGAUCCAAGGCUUAUACUGGCGCCAUUCAUACCAUGGCCAUGAAGUUCCUUCCGCGGCUCGUCGGCGAGUUUCUGGCCACCUGCCCGGAUGCCUAUCUGGAUGGGGUUAAAUUGCUCCAGGCCACCCCCACCGGACGUCGUUUUCUUGACGAUCUCGCCGAUGAUACCUACCGCAAGGGUAUGGUUGGUCUGGUAGCGGAGAAUCUUCCGACGUUUGAGCGUCACUUCGGGGCUCCCUUCGACCCGGAGGCGGCUGGCUUUGACGUCCUGAUGGCAGAUGCCCAUGCGGGGGCCCUUGAGUUGCUGAAGGAGCAGGAGGAUGCCGAAGCUAGUGAAAAAUCCAAGCAGACUCUUUCCAAGGCUCCAGCUCCGGACGCCGAUCGGCAGUGAUUCUCCGUUCAUUACCUUGUACUUGUACAAUUUUUUCCAUUAUUUGCAUUGUACCUUCGCACAUUGUAAUUUUCCGGCCAAUAGUGCCGAAGAAUAAAAAUCAUUCUUUGCUCCAUGCUCUUCUGGCAUUAUUUUUUUUUUUUUUUUUUUUUGGAGUUUUUUAGUCUUUGUUCGUCCUUGGUCCCUGGUCCUACCGGCGUCCCUACUUCGAGGAGACGUUCGGUGUCCGCCGACAUCGCAAGGAGGAACAGGUUUAUCUACAUCGAGAUUCCCCCUUUUUUCGUUCGUCCGUGGUCCUUUUAGUCUUACCGGCGUCUCUUGCUUCGAAGAGGACGUUCGGUACCCAAGGAACUCGCAGGGACGAACAGGUUUACCCUCACGGGUCCCCGACUUUGUUAUCCCACGUCCAUCGAUCCAUGGUCAUUUGUGGGAUAAACAGGUUUAUCUUGGCAGGCUCCCUUGGUUCGUCUAGCCCCCUCCGCGUCUCUACUAACCUCUGCAUCGAGAGGCGUUCGUCUUCGGCGGUGGGGGAAGAUCUGGCACGCCCGGGCAAGAUUCCCUUCGCACAGGAGCUACCCUCCUCUUCUCCCUAUCUUUUUUUUUUUUUUUUUGAGGGAGGAUUUUAGUCUUCGUUCGUCCUUGGUCCUUGGUCCUACCGGCGUCCCUACUUCGAGGGGACGCUCGGUAUCCGCAGACAUCGCAAGGAGGAACAGGUUUAUCUACAUCGAGAUUCCCUGGUGCUUCGUUCGUCCUUGGUCCUUGGUCCUACCGGCGUCCCUACUUCGAGGAGACGUUCGAUAUCCGCAGACAUCGCAAGGAGGAACAGGUUUAUCUACGUCGAGAUUCCCUGGUGCUUCGUUCGUCCUUGGUCCUUGGUCCUACCGGCGUCCCUACUUCGAGGAGACGUUCGAUAUCCGCAGACAUCGCAAGGAGGAACAGGUUUAUCUACAUCGAGAUUCCCUGGUGCUUCGUUCGUCCUUGGUCCUUGGUCCUACCGGCGUCCCUACUUCGAGGAGACGUUCGAUAUCCGCAGACAUCGCAAGGAGGAACAGGUUUAUCUACAUCGAGAUUCCCUGGUGCUUCGUUCGUCCUUGGUCCUUGGUCCUACCGGCGUCCCUACUCCGAGGAGACGUUCGGUAUCCGUAGACAUCGCAAGGAGGAACAGGUUUAUCUACGUCGAGAUUCCCUUCUUUAACGGUUGUUGGCAAGAACAGAAGUGAUGAAAAACAGGGGGCCUUAUUAUUGACGACGUCCGGUCAUUUUACAUGUAGUGGGAAUAAUACAAGGACAACAGCCCCUAAUUAUUGAUAGAACUUCUUCAGGUGUUCUACGUUCCACAUCCCGGCAUGGUUCCCCUCCAGGGUAUGGAGGAGGAACGUCCCCUGGUUGUAUCUUCUGAUGACCUGGUAAGGUCCUUCCCAGUUCUUCGCCAUUUUGCCACCUUCGAGCGGCUUGCUCUUCUCUCUUUUUCUGAGUACGAGGUCCCCGGCCUCUAUUUCGCGGAAUUUCACGGCCUUGUUGAAGUAUCUCUGGGUGGCCCUGUGGUACUCUUCCAUGCGACGGGCCGCUAGGUCCCUCCGUUCCUCAAUGAAAUGGAGCUCCGCUCGUAGGUUGACCUCGUUGUCCUCCGGCUGGUAAUGCUUGGUGCGAUGUGUAGUUACCAAUACCUCCGUCGGCACCUUAGCUUGGAACCCAUAAGCCAAAGCGAAAGGGGUUUCCCCCGUCGCCGUUCUUGGCGUUGUCCUGUACGUCCACAAAACAUAAUUCAGCUGCUCCGGCCAGGUGGAGGUGUAGUCUUCCAACUUUUUCUUGAUCCCAUCCAUGAUGGUCCGGUUCAUGUUCUCCACUUGGCCGUUGGCCUGCGGGUAGGCCACCGAGGCCUUAGAGUGCCUGAUGCCCCACUUUGCCAAGUAUGCCUCAAAUCCUCUGCCGACGAACUGCCGGC